AUGCUGUUGGUGAAUGUAUUGGGUAUAAACAUCUUUCUGGCUUGUUUUAUUAUGUAUCAGCUGAUCAACAGCAGCGGUACUUUGUUGAACACAUUGAUGACGUUGACGUUAUUUCUGUCUAAAUUAACUGGUACAUCAAUAGGUUUUACAGCCAUGGGAUUUUUUACUAUCACAAAAGAAGUUAUUUUAGCGAUGGUUGGUUUGUAUUUGACCUAUUUUUUUCUGUUGCUGCAAUUUAGGAUCACCUAA